AUGUCUAAUUUUAUUAAAUGGACUUAUGAAAACAGAUUAUAAAUCUCUAUUGAUUUAGCAGCUGGAUCAGUUAGUGGAAUGUAUUCGACUAUUAAUUACUCUUUAUAGAGCAAAUUGUAUAUCAAGUCAUCCAUUAGACACUGUUAAAGUUAGAAUGUAAAUGUCAAAUGACGGAGUAUUGUCAACUUUUAAGAAUAUUCUUAAAAAUGAAGGAACAUAUGGAUUUUAUAAAGGAAUGUCUUUCCCUAUACUAUCUAUACCAAUUACUAAUGCUAUUGUAUUUUCUGUCUAUGAAUUUUGGAAAUCUUUUUUUAUAGGAAAUUCGAACAAAUAACUAACAUAUUUUUAAACGUAAUAUCUCUUGAGCUUAUUAAUAGUGCAUUUUGUGGAAGUAUUGCAGGUAGUUCAGCUGCUUUUUUUUCUUGUCCAAUAGAAUUGACUAAGUGUAAAUUAUAAAUGCAAUCAAAUGAAAAAAUAUAUAAGAAUCCUAUAGACUGCAUAAAAUAAGUAAUUUUUUAAACAACCAAUUAUAUAGAUUUAUAAGAAGGAGGGAUUCAAAUCUUUGUUUCGUGGAAUGUAUGUAACUCAAUAAAGAGAAAUACUUGGUUAUUCUGCUUAGUUUGCUAUGUACGAAUUGAUAAAAGAUUUCUUAUGUAAUUUAUCCUAAAAAUCAGAGCCAUCAACAUUUAAUCUUUUGAUUUCUGGAGGAUUAGCUGGCGUUUCUUGUUGGACAAUAGGUUAUCCUUAAGAUGUAUUUAUAUAUAUUAAAUACUUUUAGACCAUCAAAACAAUUUUAUAAUGUUAAAAACCAACAGAUUAAGGGAAUUAUAAAGUUAAAUUUUAUGAUGGGGGUUUUCUAGAUUGUUUAAGAAAAAAAAUUAUUUCNAUAUAUAUAUUUUAUAUUUAUUUCUAUUUUAAAAAUUAAUAAUACGUAAUUGUUUUUAUAGAUUUAAUCAGAUAAUUAGUGCAUUAUAUCAUAUAUUAAUUUAUAGAAAUAAGUAAUAUGAUUGAUAAGAUUAAUUAAAAGUGA